UACAAGAAGAACUGUAGAGGAUGAGCCUCCUCCGUGUCUCUCUCUCUCUCUUCUCUCUAAAAUGCACAGUUUCUCUCUCUGAAAAUUCCCGUAUAAUUAAACGGCCACCCCCCAUCCCCACUUACACUAGACGUUGCUUUCCUUAUACUUCAAAUGGCUGAUAGCUAAUCUCUUUAUUACAGAGAACACAAACGCCAGCAACCAAACAACAGGCCUUGGCGAAACUAUACACAAAAUCUGUGAAUCAUUCACUGCCAUCGAAGCUGAAGCUCCUUUAAGCUAAGCUUCUUCUCGACCUCGACCACUCUUUUUAUCCCUCCCUCUGUAGCACACAAGCAGAACCCAGUUCUUGUUUCGCUUUUUUCUGGACCUGGGUUUGAUUCAAUUUCGUCUUCUGUUUUGCUGGUUUUGCUCGCUAUGGAGUCACCUACUGGUCCUGUAGCUAGAUCCAGCUUCACGGGACCUCAACCUGACGAGACUGGACUUGAUUCUCUCCAAUUUGGGGAAGAUAUCCAGCACCUAAUCUCCGUGCCUCCGGAAAAUGCUAGCUCCUUCACUGCUCUUCUUGAGUUGCCGCCCAAUCAGGCCGUGGAGCUUCUACACUCGCCUGAUUCGACUAUCAGAACCCGAAAUGUUAUCCAGACCCAUCAUCAGAAACAGUAUCUACAGCCCCAGUUCAAUGCUGCGAAUUUAACGUUUCCUACUAACAGUGGUUUGAUAGAGCGAGCCGCGAGAUUCUCGGUGUUCGCCGGUGACAAUUUACACAAUAUUACCUAUAAUUCUCCUGAGACGAGUUCAGUGCCGUCGAAUUCCAGUGCGAAUCUCGAGAAAGUCGUUAAGAGUGAACCCACCGAGGCUGAGUCAUUCUUAAAUCCAUUACAGCCGUUGGUUUCUGAUCCUACGACGGUUGAAAACGGGGCACAGAAUCAGAGGCCGGUGAAGAGGAAGGAGCGAGAAAAGAAGGGUAAAGGCUCAGCAAAGAAGAAUAGGAGCUGCGCAAAUGAGAACUCUGAAGAUGCAGAGAAACUUCCUUACGUUCACGUUCGAGCUCGUCGUGGUCAAGCCACAGACAGCCAUAGCUUAGCAGAGAGAGCAAGGAGAGAGAAAAUCAAUGCAAGGAUGAAGCUACUUCAAGAGCUGGUCCCAGGCUGCAACAAGAUUUCUGGAACAGCAUUGGUACUGGAUGAGAUCAUCAAUCAUGUACAGUCACUACAACGCCAAGUGGAGGUCUUAUCAAUGAGACUUGCAGCAGUUAACCCGGGAAUUGAUUUCAAUCUUGACAGUAUAUUAGCUGCAGAAAGUGGAUCUUUAAUGGACGGUAAUUUCCCCAGCAUGGUUAUGCCAAUGAUGUGGGCAGAAGUACAAGAUAGUGGGAAUAGACAAAAUUCUCAACAGCUAUGGCAGUUUGAUGCACUUAACCAACCGGUUUGGGGAAGAGAAGACGGUGGCUAUAACUUCAUUACUCCAGAUAACUCCCUUUUGAGUUAUGACUCCUCAGCCAAUUCAGCAUCUAUGCGCUCGAAUCAAUUGAAAAUGGAGCUAUGAGGGCGGCACAAAGCUCCACAAAUAGCAUGUAUAUAAUCAAAUAUUAGCAAUGAGCAGCAAGUAGACGGGAUGCCUCAACAUUAAUCUCAGGUUUCGACGCAUUCGAUUCGCCAGAGAAGGUUGGAGACUUGGAAUUCUCUCACCUGAAGAUGAGAAAUUUCAAUAUGUUAUUCUCAUAAUAUAUAUAGAUACUGAUUCUGAGAGUCAUUCAAACUAAAUACAUGAGUUGUGAGAUGAUUGAGUGAUUCAUAUUGUAGAAAUGCAGAAUGAUCCAUCAUCAUCAUCAUCCCUUAACUAUUAUGGAAGUCUCCCUUCUUGUGUUGCACACA